CCAAAAACAGCCAGCUAUGGAUUCCAGCCUGUUUCAUCUUCACAUCCUCAAUACUCUCUUUAAUAUCUUCAAUCCUUCUCUUCUCUUCUUCCCCAUUCUUCACUCUUCGCCGCAAAUAUCUCAUUCCCCUCUUCCUUUCUCCUCUUCUCCCGGCGUUCCUCGCCGGCCCCGCCUUUUUCAUGGAUCCCUGCCCCUUCCUUCGUAUUCUCGUCGGAAACUUAGCCCUCAAGUUUCCAGUCGCCGCCAAGCCCUCCUUCUCCGGUGUUCAUCCUUCCACUUCUCCAUGCUUCUGCAAAAUCAAACUCAACGAUUUUCCAACGCAGUUCGUCACCAUUCCUCUCCUCGUCGACGGCGAAAUUUCCGGGGCGGCUUCUUCUUCUUCUUCUUCUUCGGUUUCUUCUCAAUCUCACUCGUCACUCGCCGCCUGCUUCAGCCUCAACAAAUCUCAGAUUGAGAAGCUUGUAAAGCGGAAAGAUGCGUCAGUGAAGAUCGAAGUCUACACCGGUCGCCUUGGACCAGCCACUUGCAGCGGCGACGUCUUCGGAAGCUCCGCUAAGUUACUUGGCCGAAUCACUGUUCCGGUAACCGGCUCGGGUUUGUCAGAAACCAAGCCGUGCGUGUUCCAGAAUGGUUGGACCGGAAUCGGCGAGGGCAAAAAGGGUUACUCAUCUGCUCAAUUGCACUUGACGGUACGGUCCGAGCCGGACCCGAGGUUUGUGUUCCGGUUUGACGGUGAACCGGAGUGCAGUCCUCAGGUUUUUCAGGUGCAAGGAAGUGUGCAGCAACCGGUUUUUACUUGCAAAUUCGGUUUCAGAAACGAACGUGAUUGGGAUCGUUCAAGAUCCUCAAUUACUGAACAAAGUAGCACCUCCAAGAGUUGGUUACCGAAGAUCCGAUCCGAAAGGGACCAAUCCGCAAAAGAACGAAAAGGAUGGUCCAUAACGAUCCACGACCUUUCCGGAUCACCGGUCGCCGCCGCAUCGAUGGUGACGCCGUUCGUACCAUCGCCAGGAUCGCACCGUGUUAGUCGCUCAAACCCUGGUGCGUGGCUGAUUCUCCGCCCAGUCGAUGGUAGCUGGCGCCCAUGGGGCCGCCUCGAGGCAUGGCGGGAGAGCGGCGGCUCCGAUUCAAUCGGAUACCGCUUCGAACUACUCCCCGCGACUUCCGCCGCCGCUACACUAGCGAACUCCACCAUAAGCUCUGGUAGCGGGGGGAGGUUCACGAUUGACAUGACCGGGAGUGCGUCUCCAGCGAUUAGCCCUAACGGAAGUUUCGAUCUCGGAUCGGGAACCGGAUCUCGACCCGGAUCGGGGGAUUUCGGGUACUUGACGGGGUAUCAGUACAAAGGAUUUGUGAUGUCGACGAUGGUGGAAGGGAUGAAGAAGAAGAGUAGGAGGCCGGAGGUGGAGGUGGGUGUGCAGCACGUGACGUGCACGGAGGACGCGGCGGUGUUUGUGGCGUUGGCGGCGGCGGUGGACCUGAGCAUGGACGCUUGCAGGCUGUUCUCGCAGAAGCUAAGGAAGGAGCUUAGGCAAUGAGAGGUUUUACUGUCGUUUCGUGUGAAUGAGCUUUGUCGUUUUGGGAUUCCAGACAUUUUGUAAUUUUUAUAUAUAUUCUUUUUUUUUUUUGUUUUAAUAUUUUUCAAUAGUUUGAGUUGUACUUUUUGUACAGAGGAGAGAUGAAUAGAUAGAUGCAGACAUUAUUUUUCGUAUUA